UUCUCACUGGAGGACUGAGGACGAGCCAGUGAACAGCAACGUGGUGGUACAUCCUAGUGGUGGCUGAGAGCAAUGGGCUGAACCCUUGCUUGGGGGCUGAAUCUCGCACACUCGCACACACACAGAGAGAGCGCACAGUCCCCUCCGCGCACACAGAGCCUUGCCCAGUAACGAGAGGGAGCGACGUUGCGAGCGGGCUGCCAGAAGAUAACUUCAAAGUUGGCUUCACUUCCCGGAGGGGGAAGACGCAGCGACCGAAGUCUCUUCGUCUGGGAAACAAGCGCUCGCUGCGCGUCUUUUUUUUUUUUUUUUUCUACUUUCGCAGAGCGCACCGACGGCGAGGGCGCAACCAGGAGCCGAAACACGCCAGCAGGAGCAAAGGAGCAAUUUCACAGCGAUCAGAAGACUGAAGAGACUUCUUUCGUGCGGACAAUUGAGUUCGGGCUCCCAGUCAGUGUUGUUGCUGAGCCAAAAAAAAAAAAAAACGUGUCGCUCUCUCGGAAGACGCGCGUCAAAGUUUUUGGAGAACCGACCUGCGCCAUAACCAAAGAAGCAAAACAGUGAUGGUUUAACAGCAACUUCCAACUCAAAACUAUCUUAGUGCAAAGAUGCGCUCCAAGAGAAAACUUUAAAGACAGAGACCACGCGUCAAGUCGCUUCCUUUGGGGGGGCAGGAGGAGGUGCGUGUUCAGCCUCGGUGCGAGUAAAAGAUACAGCCAGUGUGAGAAGUGUGCCUAUAGGUGGGAAGACAGACUGUUCCAGAAGAGACCUUAAGAAGUUUCCAGCUCCAUCAAGGCUUAGAGAUGCGCACCAGAACCACCGGAGAGGCACCGCGCUUAGUUUGAGCCCUGCGCUUCUCUUUGGAGAGCUCCAUGUGAACGGGACAGAACAGGAGAGGCUCGCUGUGUUGUGUUGUGUUGUUGGGGGGAGGAAAAGGAGAAAAAAAAAAAAACUCUAAUUGCUCAGUCCGUCCCUCAUUACCAUAUCCAAUGCGCGUCCGCUGGACCCCAGCCAAUCCUCCCCACCUUCACACGGUGCCAUUAAUCGCGAGGCAUUAUUCACUAUCAUAAUUAUUAUCCCGACAUGCGCAAUCCGACGCACAGCGACAGAGGCGACAGGAGCGGCAACACUGGCUAAUUUCCCCAGAUUGCAACGCCUCUCACACACUUUCCGAGCGUCGCAGAGUGUUUGUGAACUUUAUUCAUAUCAUCUUAUGUUGUAGCGCUCUUCGCUGAUGCCUCUGCACAGCGCGGACACAUCAGCGUCAAGUCAGCGCAAGCAGCACUACGAGCACUCACGCCUGCAGCCUGCAGCCGCAGCAUGUCCCGACGCAAGCAAGCCAAGCCGCAGCACCUCAAGUCGGACGAGGAUCCCGCACUGACCGGGGUGGUCUCCGAGCACGCCCAAGGUGAUGUGCUGGAUGAUGCCGACAGUGGGAAUGAGAGUCGCAGCGGCAGUGAAGAAACUCAUGUAUGUGAGAAGUGUUGUGCUGAGUUCUUCAAGUGGUCAGACUUCUGUGAACAUUUAAAGAGCUGUACAAAGAACCCCCUUGUUCUCAUAGUGAAUGACAAUGAGGACACACCUAACCCUUCCCAGGAGUACCCUUCAGAGCCCUCACCCAUCCCGAGCUGCAACAGCGAGCAAGAUGACAGUGAGGACACCAGGGAGGGGAACCAGAGUCCUGCCGGUGUGGCAGAUGACAUACCGGAGACCGAUCCCUUAAAUGGGGUCAAUGUCCUGGAAAAGGAGGAUGAGCAGAUGGAGCUGGAGCUCUCUGCUGAAAAAGAUAUAGAUUCUGAAGAAAGAGACGUGACAUCACCCGAGCCAGAUGGCUCCCUACCUCAGCUAAAUGAUGUUGUCCCUUCUGCAAUUACAAGCUACACCAUGCCAAGCACCAAUGUUACCUUGGAGACCCUGCACAGUACUCGGGUUGCAGUUGCCCAGUUUUCGCAGAGUGUAAGGGCAGCAGCGGGCAGUGGGGUGUCUACCAUGGCUAUCCCUAUGAUCCUGGACCAGCUUAUGGCUCUCCAGCAGCAACAGAUCCAUCAGUUGCAGCUAAUAGAACAAAUUAGAAGUCAAGUGGCCCUUAUGAACAGACAGUCUGCUCCACAACCUGCUCUCAACCACCAUCACAAAAGUGCUGCAGGAAACCAGGGGUCCAUAUCUUCGUGUGUUGCUCCGGUUGCAAACCAACUUCAUUUGCAUAACUUCAUCACACCCCCUGUCCAUCAGCUACCUGUCAGGUUGCCUGCCACUCUUAGUGGUCAAGGCCCUUCACCUCUGACCUCAGCAAUAGAAGGGUCUCUCUCUCAAACACCACAGAGUAGUAAUCAGCAGUCUAACUCCUCAAUCCCAAACACAUCUUCAAAUAAUUCACCGUUUCCACCACCAAAUGGUACUGGCUUGCCAGCUCUGCAUCCCUCCUGUUCGUCCACUGUCUCAAAUAACAACAGCAGCACUAGCAGUAGCAUAACAGGAGGAGGUGGUGGUGUCAGCAGCAGCUCAGCUCUGUCCAGGAAUUCAACCACCCCUCCCUCACUAAGUCACAGUAGCCUACUGAACUCUGCCUCCAGUCUACCACUGAUACCUCACAGUUCCUCGAGCAGCGUCAUCUUCCCCAAUCCACUGGCUAGCAUAGCAGCCACAGCCAACGCACUUGACCCUCUUUCUGCUCUAAUGAAACACCGCAAGGGAAAGCCCCCCAAUGUGUCUGUGUUUGACACUAAGCCCAGCUCCGAAGACCCCUUCUUUAAGCAUAAGUGUCGGUUCUGUGCCAAGGUGUUUGGCAGUGACAGCGCCCUGCAGAUCCACCUGCGUUCUCACACUGGAGAGAGGCCCUACAAGUGCAACAUAUGUGGCAAUCGUUUCUCUACCAAGGGGAAUCUGAAAGUCCACUUCCAGAGGCACAAAGAAAAAUAUCCACACAUUCAAAUGAACCCUUACCCUGUACCAGAGUACCUGGACAAUGUGCCAACAAGCUCCGGUAUUCCAUAUGGCAUGUCAUUGCCCCCAGAAAAACCUGUUACCACAUGGCUUGACAGUAAACCAGUCCUACCCACUGUGCCCACAUCGAUUGGACUCCAGCUGCCUCCAACGCUCCCAAGUAUGAUUGGAGGUUUUUCCGAUUCUCCAAGCCUCACUCCACUUAGCAGGUCCCCUCAGAGGCCUUCUCCGCCCACAAGUGAGUGUGCAUCUUUGUCCCCAAAUAUCGUCAAUGAUUCUGGCAUGACCACUACUUCGUCCUCCCCAAAACUUAGCAUUGGGAAUGAUGCACCUCCUCUCUUGAAACCUGAAGGCAUUCUCUUGUCCCCAAGUUGCCCUAUUAGGCCAGGAGAGACCGCCACAACAACAGUAAGUCAAGCGCUUCUUCCCACCACUGUCACCUCCACAACAUUUUCAGGCAGUGGCCAAAUCACCGAGCCUAUAAAUAGCCCCAACUCCACUUCCAAUUCAGUAUCCCAUCCUGUCCUUCCGAUGCUUUCUGACCAGUUUAAGGCAAAGUUUCCUUUUGGAGGACUCCUAGACUCUAUGCAAACCUCAGAGACAUCAAAGUUACAGCAGCUUGUGGAGAAUAUUGAUAAGAAGAUGACCGAUCCCAACCAGUGUGUUAUCUGCCACCGUGUUCUGAGCUGCCAGAGCGCUCUAAAGAUGCAUUACCGUAUCCACACAGGCGAGAGGCCUUUCAAAUGCAAGAUAUGUGGACGAGCAUUCACUACGAAGGGAAAUCUAAAGACACACUUUGGUGUUCACAGGUCGAAACCACCACUUCGAGUCCAGCACUCUUGCCCUAUAUGUCAGAAAAAGUUCACCAAUGCUGUUGUGCUGCAACAACACAUCCGUAUGCACAUGGGAGGGCAGAUUCCCAACACCCCUGUUCCUGAAAAUCUGCAGGAGAUGGAAACUGAUGUGUCGUUUGAUGAAAAGAGCCUGGACGCAAUGAGUAACUAUGAUGACGACCUCCUGGAUGAAAUGGAGCAAGCUAUGGAUGAUGAAGUGGACUUAAAAGAUGGAGAAGUCGACCCUUCUAAACCGUACUCACCUGGGAGCUCGCCCCCAACUUCUAUCAUUUCUAGCAUUGCUGCAAUGGAAAACCAGAUGAAGAUGAUUGACUCCACUGCCAAUAUAACUCGCACAUUUGGCCAGAAGACAGCACAGAAUGGCAGCAGCUUUCCCAGGGAGACAGAGUGCUUUACAACUGAUUCCCUGACUGCUGCGGGAGAUACUGAAGGUCAGAGUUUGGGAAGCCCCGCUUUGUCAGAGUCCUCAGGCUCUAUGCAGCAUUUGUCACCAGCUCCCAGUCAUUCUGAGAGCCAGCGAUCCAAAUCCCCAGCUCUACUCAACAAUAAUAACAGCAGUAGUGCAAUGACAGCAGAGGAGGGCCAGGAGAACAAUACAGCUGGCUUGGCAACAGUGAAGUCAGAAAAAUCAGAGACCCCGUCUCCCCUUUCUGCUACUGAAGGCACCGGGGCCCUUGACCUGACUGCCACUCAACCUAGCAGGCAUUUCAUCAAGGAGGAGAGUCACUUCAAUAUGUUGUUUCUAAACAGAGAUCGGGGGCUAUGUACUCCUAACUUAGCCAGUACAGCAACAAACAUGAUCAAAAUGGAAAUGAAUGGACACGGCAAGUCUUUGAGCGACAACUCUCAUUUGCCUGUCGGCGUUCAGGUUCCAGCUGUAGCACCCCCGAGCACCAUGAGCCCCAGCAUCAACCCUAUGUUGGCGCCCCCGCCUCCCCGUCGCACUCCAAAGCAGCACAACUGCCACUCAUGUGGAAAGAACUUUUCCUCAGCCAGCGCACUUCAAAUCCACGAGCGCACACACACAGGAGAGAAGCCUUUUGCCUGUUCUAUAUGUGGAAGGGCCUUCACCACAAAGGGCAAUCUCAAGGUUCACAUGGGAACCCAUAUGUGGAACAAUGCUCCUGCCCGUAGGGGUCGACGCCUGUCGGUGGAGAACCCCAUGGCCCUUUUGGGCGGGGAUGCCAUGAAGUUCAGCGAGAUGUUUCAGAAGGACCUGGCAGCCCGAGCUAUGAACGUUGACCCGGGCUUCUGGAACCAGUAUGCGGCUGCCAUCACCAAUGGCUUGGCAAUGAAGAACAAUGAGAUUUCUGUGAUUCAGAAUGGAGGCAUCACCCAGCUACCGGUCAGCCUCGGCGGGGCAGGAAUCACUUCGUUGGGAGCCAUGCCUGGAGGCAUGGAGCGAGUACACACUGGUAGAAGCUCUCCCAUCACGGGUAUGGAGAAGUCUGGUCUGGAGGUUCAAGCCAGUCGACCCUUUUCCAGAUAUAUGGAGGAGAACAAAGAGAUUGGGAUCAAUUAAAGACUUAUCUGUAUUGUAGCAGUUUGACAAAGACUAAAGUAUGAGAAAAUUACUGAGAAAAAGAAACUGCUGAUCCAGUCUAAACUCAUGCAUACUUCUUUGUGUACAUAUGACAUUUUUUUUGGUUGGUUUUGGAAUUAUUGUAUUUAGUAUUGAUUAGAGGCCUUUGCCUUUCGCCCAUCCCCCUCUCACUUGAUAUUUUGUCUAUACAAAGAAAACUUUGUCUCUUGUUUGAGAAUAUGUCGUCUUGCAAGAUAUGCAUGGUACUUAUUUGAUUUUAUCGGUAUGUUUGACUGCUUUUAUGAAUUCCUUUGGAAACCGGGUUCCUGCCUAAAUGACAAUGGGCAAGCAUCUUUUAUGGACAGGACAAAUCCACAUAAGAACGAUUUUGUUUAAAGACAGUCUGACUUUUGUCCAGCAGCCCUGUUAGCGGUUGCCUUUUUAAAUAUAAGGGCAGUGACAAGACUGAGGAAAAGCCCGAAGUGUAGUGUUUUCGUGCUCGCUUGAUACAACUUUUUUUUUCUCUCAUGAACUAGAAAACUUGAAAAAAUAAUGUUUGAACUAUUUUAAUCUUUACAUUUAGUCUCUCAGCAUUGUCUUAUAAUGUUGUCCCGUGUCUUUAGUAUUUAUGAUAUUGACAAAAAAAAAGCGGGUAUUCAAAAAUAUAUUUAACAGCCCAAGCAUUUUAUUGAUUUUUUUAUAAACAGCAGGCUUCACUGAUGAUUAUCUCUGUUAAUAAAGACAGUAUGUCAGUUGAGUUGACCAACAGAGAAAAAUUGUAGGUUUUAUUUGGAUAUCUGUUGACACCAUGCGUAUCUUCUCGUGUGAUAAGGAGGCAAGAGAUAUCCAAAGCUGCUAUGACCACAACCCUGCUUUUAACCUUUGUAAAAAAGAAGGAAAAAAGAGGUGAACCUUUUGAAGAAAUAUCUAUGUAUAGAAAUACAGACAAAUCUAAAACAGGUAUGCAUAUUUUGUAUCACAUAAAAUAGACAUCAUGAGUUGAGAGAUAUUUGUCAUGUUUGUGAAUGCACUUUUUGAAAACAAGACGUUUUGUCUGUGAGUUACCGUUAACCUUUUGACUGAGCUAUCUAUCACGUGCUGUUUUCAUCGUUUUCAGCAAACCACUGCUCCCACUGACUGAGUCGGUUCUCUGUUACUGCAUCUAUUGCAACUCGUCACAGUGCAAACUCAUCACCCAAUCAAAACUCCCCUCAAAUAAAAAAGGAAAACAGG